AUGCCGGGAAUAGGUGCAAAGUUCAAAUUAGCAAGUCGAAACUUGUUGGAAAAUGUGAGAGAAAAAGACUUCUCCUCGAUUCUUGCCGACGAAUCAUCUGACGUCUCCAAGAAAGAACAACUCUCAUUCUCUGUGAGAACGUGUGAUGAUGACUACAAAGUUUUUGAAGAUUUUGUUGGCAUUUUUGAAUGCAGUGAGGGUCUAUCAGCUGAUGCCCUUUUAAAGUACACAGAAGAUAUCCUUCUCAGGUCCAGCUUAGAAGGCGCCAAGAUGGUAGCGAUGGGUUUCGAUGGAGCAGCGGCAAUGAAAUCUUUAGCAAGAAAGCUUAAAGCUUCAGUUGCAAAAAACGCCAUGUAUGUUCAUUGUUUCGCCCAUUGCAAUGAGCUAAUUGUUAAGGAUGCAAUCUCGCGAUGUCCCUUGUUAUCAACAUCGUUGGAUCUGUGCCAAAGUCUGUACGCAAUCGUUGGUUGGUUCAAAAAAAUUCGAGAAGAGUUUAAACAAGAAAGUAAUGGAGAGGAAUACAAAGUCCUUCGACUCCAGAGCCUAUCCGCAACACGAUGGACGACAAGAGUGAAGGCAGCUGAUGUUAUUUUCGAGAAGACCAGUGAGCUGCGCGCAACCCUUGAAGAGAUGAAAACCGACGUCAAUCUCUCUGCUGACACGAAAACGAGGAUCAAGGGAGUUUUAAAGAAACAGCUGUCUUCGCUCCCGGUUCUCUUCAAUUUGAAUGUCUCACGUAAGCUACUUGUUCUGUUGGAAAAAUUCUCGAAAGAACUGCAGGCAGUUGAAAUAUCUGCUGAUUAUGCUUUGUUUUCCCUAUGA